AUGGCGCAGGGUUUCAAACUAACUAGAUUUCUAGAGAGCGGGGAACUCGAAUGCAAACAAAUAAUUAUUGGAGCAGAUGGAGAUGUUUCAAUCGGCUAUGUCCCUGAGAAUUUUACUCCCCUGGUGCCUUCUUACCCAGAUUGGAGCCAGGUAUUCGAUCUUUCGCCAUGUUUCAAGCCCCAUAACUUGAAUUUGGAUGAAUAUAUCGGCGAUUUGAAACGUGAGGCCAUGUCUGUGAAGAUGAGAAAUGGUAAGAAAAAUAUACGUUCUCCUCACGAAAUCGCUAGAAUGGACCAGGUGUUCGUCAUGGGGAUUCUGAAUAGUAAUCCGGAGUAUAUGGCUAGGAAGGAUACAGGUAACGCCUUAGAAAAUGAAAAUGCUAUGAACGAUCGCACUGUGACAAUUGAAAUAUUGCAAGAUAAUCAAUUAAUGCCACCACCAUCUACUACAAAAAUAAGUGGAAAACAUCGUGAGUCUAAAUCAUCGCGCAGAAGUCAAGGGCGAAAAUCGAAGAAGAAUAAGAAAGAUAAAUCUGAAAAGUAUCGCAAUUUGUACAACGAGAGUUUGAAAGGCGUCGGCGAUCCCGAAAACUCGAUGCUCUACAAUCUUAGUCGCUCCACCACCGAAUUGCGGCAAUCUCGUCGCAACUCCACAACUACAACGGCUGCUGCUGCGAUCGCUGCGGCAACCGCUGUGCGUCAAGAAGAGCGCGUAUGGCGCUGCGGAAUGUGCGGACGCGUUUUUCCGGAUCAGCACCAAAUUUCGAAUCACAUUCUCAUAGAACAUCAUUGCGAAAGAGAUUUAAAAAUGGCUGUGACACGGGAAAAAUCUCAGGAAGACAUGGUCAUCGAUGACGCUGUAGGCGAUAAUUCUCUAAUUGCAUAUGACGCUCGUAACGAGAAGGAAACAGAACGAGAAAUUGAUUUCUUAACUGAUUCUGAAUUUGUGGACAAAUACACUGAGGAGCUUUCUGCUAUUUCUCUGCUCCAAUGCGAAUUCUGUGAAUCAGUUUUUACCGAUACAGGCACCCUAUUUGCUCACACCAAGUGUCACAGAGCCGAAAAGAACUACGAGUGCUUGAAUUGCAAAAGGGUCUUCAGUUCUCAUGGUCAAGCUAUAGCUCAUUGGCAAGCGGAAUGUUCCCGAACUAAGACCAUGUCCACUUUUUCUUUGCACAAAUAUCUCAUGUGCAAUAUUUGCGAACGAAAAUUCAUUGGAUGGGAGCAGUUGUACAACCACAGAUACAAGAAUCGCCAUCUAAGUAUCAAAUUAUAUGGUCCAGACAAUGUGGAAGUGCAUCAGUGCGACCAGUGCAACACAACCAGCGAAACUUACCAGCUACUGAUGGAUCAUCGCUCCAAAUCUCAUCCACGUUCUCUGCGCGCUGCUGAGAUCGCUAAACGAAACCAUGGUCAACGCAGUUUUUUAUGUGAAAUCUGCGGAAAGGCGUAUACACAGAGUAGCCACUUGUGGCAGCAUCUUAGAUUUCAUCAAGGUAUCAAACCCUUCGCUUGUACCGAACCAGGUUGUGGUCGCAAAUUCACGAUUCGUCCUGAUUUGAACGAUCAUAUUCGCAAGUCGCACACCGGCGAACGUCCAUUCCAUUGUACCGAGUGCGACAAACGCUUCUUGACGGGAUCCGUCUAUUAUCAGCACCGCCUAAUUCACCGCGGCGACCGGCGCUACGCUUGUCAGCAGUGCGAUAAGAGGUUCUAUAGGGCUGAUGCUCUGAAGAACCACGUCCGAAUACAUAGUGGCGAAAAACCGUACAGGUGCCCUGUUUGCGAUAGGUGCUUCAGACAGAGAGGGGAUCGAGAUAAACAUUUGAAGGUAAGGAAUAGCAAAAACUUUGUUCGUCAUGGUCAUUUGGAUGAAAGUGGCCACUACGGAAACGGACAAGAUAGUCCUGGACCUCUGGACCAGCAAAUGUAUAUACGCAAUCUGCCAGCCAUGUUUCCGAUGUCCAUGUAUCAGUUCGCACCCGAACAUAAUGUGGGCGAAAUGUAUUGA